AUGAGCAUCUCCACAGGAGCGAGAAUCAUCCGCUCCAUCGUCAAGAAUGAUGCUGUGAAGCUAGACCCCCCGGAGAUCUACGGCUGGCGUGCAUUCACGAUGGCCGGGUCUGCCUGCUUCGGAGGCAUGUUAUUUGGCAUGGAUAUCGGUACCAUUGGUGGUGUGCUCGAACUGCCCGCGUUCCAAGAGUAUGUAUCACUCUCCACCGUUGCCAAGGCUGACCUCAACGCCAACAUCGCGUCGACGUUGCAGGCGGGAUGCUUCAUUGGUACCUUCUUUUCGUCCUGGUUCGCCGACAAGUAUGGCCGGAAGAUGGCUCUACAGCUGAACGGUCUCAUUACCGUUAUUGGCUGCAUCAUCCAAGCGGCUGCUAUGGGCCACCUCAGUGCCAUGUAUAUCGGCCGUCUCGUCGCCGGAUUCGGUGUCGGUGGUGCGUCCAUGGUCGUUCCCCUGUACAUUUCCGAGAAUGCUCCCCGUGCCAUCCGCGGUGGUCUCACCGGUCUCUACCAACUCUUCAUCGCCACCGGUACCUGCCUGGCCUUCUGGGUCAACUACGGCAGUCUCCUGCACAUCAAAGGCGACGCGAUAUACAUGGUUCCCCUGGCCAUGCAAGCCCUCCCCGCCGUCCUCUUGGUCGUCUGCAUGUCGCUGAACAAGGAGUCUCCACGUUUCCUGGCCAAGCAAGACCGCUGGGAGGAAGCCACUGCCGUCCUGGCCCGUAUGCGCAAUCUGCCCACCUCGCACGCCUACGUCCAGAACGAAAUCAAGGACAUUGCCAACCAACUCGAGCACGAGCGCCUCCUCGUCGCCGGCGCGGGGCCCAAGGACCUCCUGAAGGAAAUGUUCACCGUCCCCGGAAACCGCAAGCGCGUCCUAAUCUCCAUCGGCUUGAUGGUCUGCCAGCAGAUGACGGGCACAAACGCAAUCAACUACUACGCACCGCAGAUCUUCAAGAGCCUGGGUCUCGUCGGUAACGAAGUCAAGCUGUUCGCCACCGGUAUCUACGGCAUCGUCAAGAUGGUCGGCUGCUUCUGUUUCCUCGUCUUCGCCGCCGAUUCGCUGGGUCGUCGUCGGUCACUACUCUGGACGUCCAUCGCACAGGGCGCGGCCAUGAUGUACAUUGGCAUCUACAUCCGCGUUGACCCGCCCGUUGCUGGUGCAGCCGUGCCACCUGCGGGCUACGUUGCACUGGUCUGCGUGUUCCUGUUCGCAUUGUUCUUCCAGUUUGGCUGGGGCCCCGUGUGCUGGAUUUACGUGUCUGAGAUUCCCGCGGCGCGUCUGCGCUCGCUUAACGUCGCCAUUGCCGCUGCAACUCAAUGGCUAUUUAAUUUUGUCGUAGCCAGAGCGACUCCAAACAUGAUUGCGACCAUGGGAACAGGCGGUUAUGGUGCCUUCCUCACAUACGGAUCCUUCUGCUUCUCCAUGUUCAUAUUCGUCUGGUUCCUCGUCCCCGAGACCAAGGGUCUAUCACUCGAAAAGAUGGACGACUUGUUCGGCGUCACGGAACUUGUUAAGCGCAUUGAGGAGGACCGCGAGCUCCAUGGUGAUGCUACUGAGCUUGACAUGGACGGCAAGCACGCUGUACGUGAGGAGCGUAAGGAGGUCCAUCACCCGUAAGCGGAGUGUUUGUUGACUGCGCUGUUGAUUUUUGCUGGAGCCUGUCGUUCAUAUCGUUACUUGUAAGCAUGCAAGCUUUGGAGCUGAGAUGUCUACGAGCUCGGUU